AUGUUCCCUCUCGCCCAACAUGCGUUGAGACACUGCAGGCGAGUAGGCUACACGCCUGUUCAUGCAACAAGCCGACAUGCUUCAACAAGAUCAAAGAGACCCCGGAACGUGGUUGCCAGCUCGCCAGCACCACCGCCGCCGCCGCCGCCCAAGAUCCAACUACGCGAGUAUCAGGAAGACUGCGUACAAGCUGUCCUUUCCUACCUCAAUGCCGGACACAAACGUCUCGGUGUCUCUCUGGCAACCGGCUCGGGCAAAACCGUCAUAUUCACCCACCUCAUCGAUCGCAUACCCGCCAAUGGCGACGCUUCUCAGACGCUCAUUCUCGCCCAUCGCCGCGAACUCGUCGAGCAAGCCGCCCGCCAUUGCAGUCUCGCAUACCCCGAUAAGCAUGUAGACAUCGAAAUGGGCAACAAUCAGGCCUCGGGUGCCGCCGACAUCACCGUCGCCUCCAUACAGAGCAUCACAUCGGGGGAACGGUUGAAUAAGUUUGACCCCCCACGGUACAAGCUUGUACUGGUAGACGAGGCACACCACAUCGUCAGCCAGACAUAUCUCGAUGUCUUGGAGCACUUUGGAUUGAGACAUCAAGCUGACUGGACUCAAACAAAGGCUCCUGCCCUAGUCGGCGUCUCGGCUACCUUCUCACGCUUCGACGGCAGGAAGCUUGGGUCUGCCAUCGACCACAUCGUCUACCACCGCGACUACGUAGACAUGAUUGACGAAAAUUGGCUUUCUGAUGUUGUCUUUACCACUGUCGAGAUCAAGGCCGACUUGACCAAAGUGGGCUCUGGCGUCGGUGGCGACUUUCAGACCGGCGCCCUCUCUACGGUAAUCAACACCGAGGAAACCAACGAUCUCGUUGUAAAGACAUGGCUAGCCAAGGCAAGGGACCGGCACUCGACUCUCAUCUUCUGUGUUGACCUUAGCCAUGUCACCGACCUUACCGCUAGAUUCCGGGCAUCCGGGAUUAAUGCUCAAUUUGUCACCGGUGACACGCCAGCAAAGAUCCGCAGCGCGCGCAUCGACGCUUUCAGGAACGGCGAGUUUCCGGUGCUGCUAAACUGUGGUGUCUUUACAGAAGGAACGGAUAUUCCUAAUAUUGAUUGCGUGCUGCUAGCUCGCCCCACAAAGUCUCGAAAUCUUCUUGUCCAGAUGAUCGGACGUGGUAUGCGUUUACAUAAGGGAAAGCAGAAUUGCCACAUCAUCGACAUGGUCGCCGCACUGAGCACUGGAGUAGUGUCAACACCUACAUUGUUCGGCCUUGAUCCAAGUGAAAUCAUUGACGAAGCAGACACCAGAGCCAUGACGAAGCUCAAAGAGAUGAAGCAAUCUGAAAAGCAACGUGAACAGGAGGCUUCUGACCUCAAGAAGAGAACGGUUGCGAAGAAGUUACCUGGCACUAUCUCCUUCACCGAGUAUGACUCUGUACACGAUCUAAUAGCAGACACUUCCGCCGAUCAAUACAUACGUAACAUUAGCCAGAAUGCUUGGGUCGGUGUUGGCGAUGGAAAGUACGUCCUCACUGGCAACACUGGCAACUACUUAGUCAUUGAGCCAUCCGACGACAUUGAAGGUCACUUUAGAGCGAGGUAUUACUGGAAGCUCCCGAUGAGUAAGAUCGUCAAAAGUCCCUAUGGCACACCGCGUGUCAUCGCAGAAGGAGACUCUUUUGAUCACGUUGUCCACGCAGCUGAUACGUACGCGAGUGAAGCUUUUAAACACUUCUACAUCUCAAAGCAUCAGCCAUGGCGUCGGGGUCGUGCAUCACAAGCUCAAGUUGACUUCCUCAACAAAUUUCGCCCACGAGAAGACCAAUUGAAACCAGAGGAUCUCAGCAAGGGCAAAGCGGGUGAUAUGAUCACGCGUCUUAAACAUGGAGUCAAGGGUCGAUAUGCCAAAGCCAGUGUAAAGGAAAGGACCGAACAGCGCAUGAAAGCUCGCGCAGAGACGAUACAGCAACGACUCCAGGGACAAGUAAAAGUUGGGCCUUUGGAGCAAGGUCAAACGCUCAAGGAAAAGCUUGUUGGGUGA